AUGGCCAAGAAAGAUAAGAAGUCCAAGGAGGCCAAGAAGGCCAGAACUGCCGAAAAGCAGAAAAAGAACCAAUCUAAGGCAGAAUCUAAGGACAAGAAACUCGCCAAAAAAUUGGGUGAAGACGAAGACGAUCAAGAUAUCGAUGAGAUCUUGGCACAAUACGCCAAAGAGCAAGAACAGUUCGAAGCAGUUCACAUCGAUGUCUGCAGCAAACCUUCUAGAAGAUUGAAUCCCACAUUAGUUGCCAAUCCUACUCACGGAAAGCGUGAAUUAAUCUUGUUUGGUGGAGAAAGUAAUGAUGGAACCAAGUCCCAUUUCUACAAUGAAUUGUUUUCCUACACCAUUGACAACGACACAUGGAGAAAGAUCGUAUCGAAGAAUGCACCAUUGCCAAGAUCGUCCCAUGCUAUGUGCUCUCACCCAUCUGGUAUUAUGUUGAUGUUUGGAGGAGAAUUCUCUUCUCCAAAGCAGUCUACCUUUUACCAUUAUGGUGAUACUUGGAUUUUGGAAGCGGACACCAAAGAGUGGACCAAAAUCGACCAAAAGAGGGGACCUAGUGCUAGAUCAGGUCAUAGAUUGGCUGUUUGGAAAAACUACAUCAUCUUGUCGGGUGGAUUCCGUGAUUUGGGUUCAUCAACCACUUAUUUGAAUGACAUCUGGUUAUUUGAUAUAACUUCCUAUAAAUGGACUCAAGUCGAGUUCCCACCUAACCAUCCUAUACCUGAUGCCAGAUCCGGUCAUUCGUUUAUUCCUUAUGCCGAUGGUGUCGUUUUGUACGGUGGAUACUGUAAGGUCAAGGCCAAGAAGGGAUUGCAGAAGGGUAAGGUUUUAACCGAUUGUUGGUUAUUGAAGAUGAAGUCAGAUCCAAAGAGCAUAAGAUUUGAAAGAAGAAGAAAACAAGGUGCAACACCAACACCCAGAGUUGGGUGCUCUUUAGUGUACCACAAGAAUAGAGGAAUAAUGUUCGGCGGUGUGUACGAUUACGACGAAAGUGAAGAACAGUUGGACUCCGAGUUUUACAAUCAAUUGUACUCUUACCAAAUUGAGACCAAUAGAUGGUACAAUUUGACAUUGAAACCAAGAAGAGCAAAGAAACAACAAGUCAAAGAAAACAAGUCUCGUGACGAGGAUUUGGAAGACAUCUUGAAUAGCAUUUUGGCUAAGGCCAAAUUAAAUGAUGAAGAUGACGAGGAAGAUGCUGGUGAGUUGUCUCAGAUCGAAAAGCUCAAGCAAUUAGAAGAGCAAGAAGAAAAGUUCGAUGAAGAAAUGGUCGAGUAUCCGAUGAUGAACCAAUACCCACAUCCUAGAUUCAAUGCCACUACAUGUGUGGUCGAUGAUCAUUUGUACAUCUAUGGUGGUAUUUUCGAAAGAGGAAAUUCCGAGUUUAAUUUGGACUCAUUCUAUGCGAUUGACUUGGGUAAACUAGAUGGUGUCAAGGUCUUCUGGGAAGAUUUAUCUGAGUUAGAGAAGGAGGAAGUGAACUCUGACGAUGAAUAUGAUGAAGAGGAUGACGAAGAAGACGAGGACGAGGAAGAUGAGGAAGGAAACGACGAAGACGACGACGAUGAAGAACCAGAAGAGGAAGAAGAAGAAGAGGAAGAGGAAGAUGAAAUUCCAGAUCCAAGACCUUGGUUGCCACAUCCUAAGCCAUUCGAAAGCUUGAGGGCAUUCUACGUGAGAACAGGUGCCCAAUUCUUAGAAUGGGCCAUUUCAAGUAACAGAGAGGCCAGGGGUAAAUACUUGAAGAAGGCUGCUUUCGACUUGUGCGAAGGUAGAUUCUGGGAAAGAAGGGAGCAAGUCAGCAUUGCCGAAGACAAUUUGGAAGAAAUGGGAGGUGUUGGUGAAGUGGUUGAGAAAGACCUUACCAAGGCCACAAAGAGAAGAUAA